UGCUUCCAGCUGCUUGUGUGCUGCAGUCGACCUGUCCUGUCUGCUUCUGAGCCUGAAGAGAGAGAGAGGCCGUCGAGGGAGAGCGAGCCGCGGGGGAAGCCGUGCGUAUCCGUGUGCUGGAGUCCCAAACUGGAAACCAGUACCAGCAGGCAAACACGUACCCGGUCGAUCUGAAUGGACUUUACAACCGCCAGCUCGGGCUGAUUGCACUAAUUUACACGGCACGGUGAAAAACCCACCUCGGAGACCCUGAAACUUGCGUGAAUGUUUUCUUCUUCGUCGUCGUCUUCGCCGCCGCCUCCGUCUUCUUCUGUGGUAGCAGCAGCGCUGUUGCGCCGCUCCGUCCGCUCCGACAGUUGAGCGGAUUCACUGGUUGGAGCAGGGUUGUGGAUCGGGCCCUGCUGCAUAUCCGCCGCUUUUCCAGAGGGACGAGGAACAAUGAAGGACUAAACGUCUACUCCUCGCUCCAAGUCGAGCUUGUUGCACAGUUCAAAGCUUUUCCCGGUCUCAUUUUGAUUUGCGCUUCUUCUUCUUCUCCGCUCUGUCGCGUUGAUUUUUUCCCCCCGUCCUGUGUGGGAUGCCUCGGCUGCUCUAAGGAUUCCGCUUGUUGACAAACUGUUUCCCCGAGAAGUUUACAACAAGUACAGGACGCGAGGAGACAGAAAAUGUCCACACCGAGGUUCAAAAAGGAUAAAGAAAUCAUCACGGAGUACGAGAGUCAAGUAAAAGAAAUCCGCACGCAGCUAGUGGAGCAGCAGAAAUGUCUGGACCAGCAGACAGAGAUGAGGGUCCAGCUGCUCCAGGACCUGCAGGACUUCUUCCGGAAGAAGGCCGAGAUCGAGAUGGAGUACUCCAGGAACCUUGAGAGGCUGGCCGAACGCUUCAUGGCAAAGACUCGCAGCACCAAGGAUCACCAGCAGUACAAGAAGGACCAGAACCUGCUGUCGCCUGUCAACUGCUGGUACCUGCUGCUGAACCAGGUGAGGCGGGAGAGCAAGGACCACGCCACGCUGAGUGACAUCUACCUCAACAACGUCAUCAUGAGGUUCAUGCAGAUCAGCGAGGACUCCACACGGCUGCUCAAAAAGAGCAAGGAAAUCACCUUUCAGCUCCAAGAAGACUUAAUGAAAGUCCUAAAUGAGCUGUACACGGUGAUGAAGACCUACCACAUGUACCACUCGGAGAGCAUCAACGCCGAAAGCAAGCUGAAGGAGGCCGAGAAGCAGGAGGAGAAGCAGAUCAGCAGGGCGGAUCCGGUCUUCAGCAUCCGGAUGGAGGACAAAUACCAAAAGCGCAGCUCUGUGAAGAAGAUCGAGAAGAUGAAAGAAAAGCGUCAAGCCAAGUACUCCGAGAACAAGCUGAAGUCGAUCAAAGCGCGGAACGAGUACCUACUGACGCUGGAAGCGACAAACUCCUCCGUUUUCAAAUACUACAUCAACGACUUGUCAGAUUUAAUUGACUGUUGUGACCUAGGCUACCACGCCAGCCUGAACCGAGCGCUGCGGACGUACCUGUCGGCCGAAUACAACCUCGAGACCUCGCGCCACGAGGGUCUUGAUAUCAUUGAAAAUGCCGUGGACAGCUUGGACCCGCGAAGCGACCGACAGAGGUUCAUGGAGAUGUAUCCCACUGCCUUCUGCCCUCCCACAAAGUUUGAGUUCCAGUCUCACAUGGGAGAUGAGGUGUGUCAGAUCUCGGUGCAGCCGCCGGUGAACGGAGAGCUCAUCCUGAGGUUCCAGCAGCUGCAGUCCCGUUUGGCAACUUUGAAAAUCGAGAACGAGGAGAUAAAGAAAACAUCAGAAGCCACUUUGACCACCAUCCAGGACAUGGUGACCAUUGAAGACUACGACGUGUCUGAGUGCUUCCACCACAACCGGUCCACCGAGUCCAUCAAGUCCACUGUGUCGGAGACGUAUCUUAGCAAACCCAGCAUCGCUAAGAGGAGGGCCAACCAGCAGGAGACGGAACAGUUUUACUUCAUGAAAUUCCGAGAGUUUCUGGAGGGCAGCAAUCUCAUCACCAAGCUGCAGGCCAAACACGACCUACUGAAGAGGACGCUCGGUGAAGGCCACAGAGCUGAAUACAUGACCACAAGACAUCCCAACGGGCCGCACAAAACAAACACAGGCACCCGGCGGCCUAGGCCCCGCUCUGUUUUUAAUGUUAGGUUAUUUAAUGGCAAUUUGGAGUCUUUCAUCAAGGAUUCUGGACAAGCCAUUCCCCGGGUGGUUGAAAGCUGCAUCCGCUACAUAAAUCUAUAUGGCCUCCAACAUCAGGGAAUUUUCCGUGUGCCUGGGUCCCAGCUGGAAGUCAAUGACAUCAAGAAUUCAUUUGAAAGAGGAAACGACCCACUGACGGACGAUGAGAACAAUCAUGAUAUCAAUUCAGUGGCCGGCGUCCUCAAACUUUAUUUCCGUGGACUGGAGAACCCUCUUUUCCCCAAAGAGAGGUUCAAUGAUCUGCUUUCCUGCAUCAGAAUAGACAACCUGUAUGAGAGAGCUCUGUACAUCCGUAAGAUCCUCCUGACCAUUCCCAGAUCUGUCCUCAUCGUCAUGCGCUACCUUUUCGCCUUCCUCAACCAUCUGUCUCAGUACAGCGACGAGAACAUGAUGGACCCUUACAACCUGGCCAUAUGCUUCGGUCCUACACUCAUGCCCACACCCGACAGCCAGGACCAGGUCUCCUGCCAGGCCCACGUCAAUGAGAUCGUCAAGACCAUCAUCAUCCACCAUGAAACCAUCUUCCCUGAUUCCAAAGAGCUGGACGGACCAAUUUAUGAAAAGUGUAUGGCUGGAGGAGACUACUGCCAACGCCGUCUAGCUGCUAGGCCACAGUGCUGCUGGUGUCUGAGUGAGAGCCCCUACAGCGAGCACGGAACCUUGGACGAGGUCGACAACGAAGGCGGUACGGAGGCACACACCAGCGAGGACGAGGGUGAGCCCAUUGAAGCUAUUGCCAAGUUUGACUACGUCGGGCGAUCUUCCCGAGAGCUGUCUUUCAAAAAGGGCGCCUCGCUGCUGCUGUACCAGCGGGCGUCCGAGGACUGGUGGGAAGGGCGGCACAAUGGCAUCGACGGCUUGGUCCCACACCAGUAUAUCGUCGUCCAAGACAUAGAUGACAACUUCUCCGACACCCUGAGUCAGAAGGCUGACAGCGAGGCCAGCAGCGGUCACGCCGGAGAGGAGAAAUGCUCAGGGAAGGACAUCAGCUCACCCACUGACGGCAGGAUCUCUGAGGCCUACAUCAGCAGGCACAGGAAAAGAAGUGACCCACCAACUCGCCGACCACCUGCCUGUCCCAGUGACGUCCACUGCAUGGUGCACGCGUCCCAGCAGAGUCACGGCGACACCCCAGAGAUGGGCUCCCCGGUUCUAGGCCACUUCAGCCCGCGGGACAUGCUGCGCAGUCGCAACCACAUGCCCGCGGACAGCCCCGAGCGCCACCGCCGCACCGGCCACGGCAGCCUGACCAACAUCAGCCGCCACGAAUCGCUCAAGAAGCUGGAGAGCCCCCCGAUCCGCCGCUCCACCUCCUCGGGCCAGUACCCGGGCUUCACCGACGCGCACCACCACCACCAUCACCACCACCACCACCACGGCGGCAAGCCCCUGGAUCCGGAGACCAUCGCACAGGACAUAGAGGAAACUAUGAACACCGCCCUGAACGAGCUGCGUGAGCUGGAGCGGCAGAGCUCGGCCAAGCACGCUCCCGACGUGGUGCUGGACACCCUGGAGCAGCGGCAGACCUCCGGCAGCAGCGGCGGGGGUCCCACGCCGGCCAGCUCCAGCGAGUCGCUCAGCCCCAUCCACGGCAUCAUGCUGAGGCCCACCGCCAACACCGAGCCUCCCAUCCGCCACAGCACCAGCUCCUCCAGCGACACCAUGAGCACCUUCAAGCCUGUGGUGGCGCCCCGCAUGGGGGUGCAGCUCAAGCCCCCCGCCUUGAGGCCCAAACCCAUGGUCCUGCCCAGGUCUAGCCAGGCACCCCAGCCUUCUGCUGCGUCGUCUCAGGAUCCUCUAGACAAGUCCUGCACCAUGUAACAGGAACAGGAACCAGAGAUGAACACUCGACUCCUAGGGACUGAAAGACGCCACAUCAUAGAAAUUCUACUUCUAGAACUAGAGAUGUCUGUUAGGAGAGAGAUUAUAAAGAGGGGAGACUGGUGGAGGAGAAUUUGUCAGUUGGACAAAUCUGCUGUCUCAUGCACAGUUAUGUGUUGAUAUACUUAGAUCAAUAGUAUGUAAAGUGUCAUUUAAAAAAAAAUGUUUGAACAACAAAUCACAAAGGCUUCCUUCGAAGUUUCAGACACUGUAUUCUUCUCAGAGUAGUUUAGUUUACAGACAUUAAACCAAACAUAGUGCAUGUAGCUCCUGUUGCCAAUAGCGACCACAAUGGCACCCUCACUCAUUGAUUUAGUAACUGUACGUUCUUGCUCUGACCUAGGAGGUCCCUGAAGGCAUCACAAACUCCUUCAAAACCCUGUUCUUUGAUAUGUGCAGUAGCCGAUUUCAGAUAUUACAUAUUUUAGAGGUACUGUGACUGCCUGAGCUCGGGAACGUACGGUACUCUGGUGUGUGAAGCUCUGCAGCUUUCUUUGUUCAGGCAGUUCCAUCAGUCACGUCUGUGAAAAUGGCCACAUCUGCGCUGGAUUCAAGCUUCCUAACAUCUUUCCACAUUGCCUGGAGUGAGAUGUGCUUAUUGGGUAAAACCACUACGUCAUUUUGUCACCAAGUGAUUUACUGCAUCUGUGACUAAUGAAGGGAUACAUCACAUGCCUGUUAACAUAUGCCUUUGCGUCUGUGUAGCCUAUGGAGAUACACUGUAAGAUCAUGGAUCAUCUGGAACACAUGCCAUUACCUUCCUGUAUGCCUUGCUUGGCUUCAUCCACCCCAGGACACAAGUGUAUAAGUUAAAGCAUGGAACUCUAUCCUCCAUGUGUGAUCUAGGCGUCCUUCCUAUUGACAGACAUGUAUAGACUCGAGGCAGCGCCCUGUGGGAGUGCUCCCAGUAGCCAUGGACCUAAUGACUGUUAGUGUAAAAGCUUCCUAUUACUUUGAUUUGCUUCCUAUUGUCGUCUUUGCGAAUGUCUCCAAAAACAGAGCUCCCUCUACUGACGACAGUUAUUUGCCCUUUGUGGAUGACGACACUUGCUGUGUGUGUUACUUAGUUCUCAACUCUUCAGAUCAAGUAAUAAUUUUAAAAUGCAAUAGCGCCACAUGGUUGUGUGUCUCCAUGAGUGUGUGUCUGCACCCUUCAUCUUUUGUUCAACCUCUGUACUGUAGAAAUGUCAGCGGGUGCGUUUACUGGACAAUGAUACUCUGGAAAUGGUUUGUGACGAAUAAGCAAUGCUCUCCAACUAGAGGUUUACACUAUUUUUGACUUCACAAUGUGUGUAAUUAAUUCCAGAAUGACUAACUUCCAUUAUUUUUGUAAUCCUUUUCUCAUCUUUGCUGGGUUUCUGAGUAGAAAUGUCUUGGAACAAAUGGUGUAGAAUAAAUAUCUAGAUAUGUGUGUCACACCUACAGUAUGAAGCCCGGUGUAGGAAAUGUGUGCGCUUGUCAACACUAGCAUCUCUGUGAUGUUCUGUACAUCUGUAGUAUGUACUGUGAAAGUGCCUUUAAAAAUGUUUUAGAGGAACUUCAGACAUUCUGGGUGUGUGUUGCAUUUUUAUGUCAGAUGUUUUAAGGAAAAUGCAGAGCAGGAAGAAGACACGUGAAGAAGUAAUGAUGCCAUUUUCCAAACUGUUAUCACAUAAUUAAUAAUAAAUACAUAGCUUAUACUUUGUGACAUUUAACUUUUAUGUAUAUAAGUGUAUAUACGGCAUGUACCAUCAUAAUGUUUAGAGUUUGAGGGCUUAUCGCUCCAAGAAUUUCUUUCUAAUAAAGGAAAUUAUUUGGCGGGUCUAAAGUGGA